CCUUGCAACAACACAUCACACUCAACUCAUUCAUUCACUCAACCCACUCAUCCAGAAUAGAGCCACGCUCAAUUACGACAUCGAUUCUGUGAAUAAACAGCCCGAUACUAUCAACCGGUCACUCAGUUAAUCAUGGAGAACGGCGCUAUAACUCAGGGAGAGGGCAAAGACCCAUCAGGCUGGCUCAGCGAAAUCAUUGGACAUCCUGUCACAGUCAAGCUUAACUCAGGUGUUGUUUACAAGGGGGAGCUGCAGUCUGUGGAUGGAUACAUGAACAUUGCCCUGGAAAAGACCGAGGAGUAUGUUAAUGGCGCCAAGCGAAGAAGCUACGGCGACGCCUUUGUCAGAGGCAAUAAUGUCAUGUAUAUCGCUGCCGAUUAAGAAGUUUUAAUCUGUUAUUCACUGCAUCCGGCGGCAUGGGACUAGGGUCUGAUAUCCUGUUGAGGAAUUUGGGACUGGUGGUUUGGAAGAAAUCUCAAGAGUCGAGCUUCUUGGUCCACACAAACCGCCUCUCUCUCUGACCCUUCCAGUAUCGCCACCUGGCUGAGAGUGUUGAUACGAGACCAAAGCGCACCCUCCGACAGCCACACCGUCCAUUUCACGGUUUCCUCACUAAGUGGAAGCGCGAAUAGUUGUUGGUUCUCCAAGGCACCUCUCCAUUGGCCAUCGCGGAAACGAGGCUGGCCGUCGGAUGAUAUAGAAUAAAUCCUGUUUAAUAUUGAUCAGCUCUACUAUUUCUCCUUCCUGUCUGGAAAAGUCAUACCAUGAGUUCAGUUUCUC